AUGUCGUUGAGAUUGUCCAGCAUUAUUAAUUUCAAACAUGCUAAAGCUGCUUUGAAGAAAAUAAAAGGAGAUGAAAUUUACCCUUUUGAAAUUAACAGCGAAGGUAUAGAAGAUUAUAAUAAUUUGGAGAUUCAAUUACAAGAAUAUCUCAAAAAUCCAAAAGACAAAGAGAUAAAACAACUUUUCACAAGCUUUGGUAUAGAAAUCUUCGUUAAAGAGGGUAAUAUUCUGCAAGAGACGGCCUUGUUUAUUCUACUUCGACUUCAUAACUUCCAUUUACUUCAAAAAUUCAAUUUUCAAACUAAUCCUGCAAUGUUAUACAUAGUCGGAAGGUUUGCAGAAGAUUUAAAAGGGCAUUUUAAAACGCAAGAUAGACCUUUGAGGCAUUUCUUUUAUGGGUACUUUAGUUUCACUCGGAAUUUGAGCAUGCAGCCUCCAGUUUUAGAUACCAAUGUGACAACCAGACCCACAGCAAAUGUUGCGACUGCGGCCACUUCAAUGCCUGCUCCAAGUUCAACAGUCAGAACCUUGCCUCCGAUCGUGGAAACAGUGGGACCAGAAACAUCAUCCGAAUUCUUUAGCGAAGACUCUGAAUCCACCAGAAUAACCCAAUCUGAUAGAAACAAAGAAAAGAGAAGAAAUGAAUUGACAAAGAUUAUAACUUUAUUCUAUCCGAAAGAAAAGGUUGAGAAAUUCAUCAUACAUGAUCCUGAUAAAAUCAAGAUUUCAAAAUCACAAUUGGAAGCUAUCCCAGAUACACAUUUACCCCUGGAAUUUGAUGUGGACAACAAGUUCGAGAUGGAUAUAGAAGAGGCUGUAGUGAAUAAUUUAUUGAAACCUGUUGUUUCAGUAUUUUCAUCUCUUUUUCAAGGACUCCAAAUUAAACGUCGCAAUCCAGUUCUGAAAUUAAUUUCCAAUGUGAAUGUUACACUCUUUCCUGACAUCCAAAUAGAAUCAAAUGAUUUCCGUUUACCUAUUGAGAUAAAGAAAAGUUCAAUAUCUACAUAUAUCGAUGACUUCUACUCAACAUCUUUUAGAGUGGAUCAUCCUUUAGUACAGCUAUUUUCUCAGUGUCUAAAAGAUGCCACUGUCACAGGUUCUCCAUAUGUGAUCUUAUCCGACUAUAACACUUUUAUAUUGAUUGAUUUGAUGAAUCAUAAAAUUGAUGAAGAAUUCAAAGGUGAUGCUUUCUGUUUUUUGAACAAGGGGGUAAGGUGUUCAAUGCAAUCUUUCACCGAUAAUGAGAAUGAUUCCUUUUCCUUUUAUACUAAAUUAUUUUUGUUCUUUAUGAAAGUCAGAGAAACAAAAUCUCGACAUGACGAGAUAAUGGAAAGAUUUCAAACUCAAGCAUUACUUACACCAGCAAGAAAUCGCAUUAUUGCGCGAUUCAAUCAAGCAAUAAUUAAUCUUAAUAACGAUUUGAUUAGUAGGUAUCUGGCAUCUCACUACAAAACUACUAAAUCUGACUCCGAUCUUGUUAAUUCAACCGCAAGUGAUAUAACUGGUGUUAAGAAACUAAUGUGA